GACAUUUAAAAGUGCAGCACGGACAGACGAGACAAACGUUCACAUACAAACAUAUUUACAACAGCUGAAUACAGCACCAAAAUAAAACAGAAUUCAAGUAAUCAGUCCAGUCACAGCAAGGAACUAUGGGUCCUUUCAUCACUAAAGUAAGGCAGGUGUGGCCUGAUGGUCACAUGCUCUGAUGGGCGAAUCACAUGCUCUGAUGGGCGGGUCUCAUGCUCUGAUGGGCGAUUCACAUGCUCUGAUGGGUGGGUCACAUGCUCUGAUGGGCGGGUCUCAUGCUCUGAUGGGCGAUUCACAUGCUCUGAUGGGUCUCAUGCUCUGAUGGGUGGGUCAUAUGCUCUGAUGGGCGGGUCUCAUGCUCUGAUGGGCGAUUCACAUGCUCUGAUGGGCGGGUCUCAUGCUCUGGUGGGUGGGUCACAUGCUCUGAUGGGCGAUUCACAUGCUCUGAUGGGCGGGUCUCAUGCUCUGAUGGGCGGGUCUCAUGCUCUGAUGGGCGGGUCUCAUGCUCUGAUGGGCGGGUCUCAUGAUGGGCGAUUCACAUGCUCUGAUGGGUCUCAUGCUCUGAUGGGCGGGUCUCAUGCUCUGAUGGCCGAUUCACAUGCUCUGAUGGCCGAUUCACAUGCUCUGAUGGGUCUCAUGCUCUUGAUAGGUGGGUCACAUGCUCUGAUGGGCGGGUCUCAUGCGCUGAUGGGCGGGUCUCAUGCGCUGAUGGGCGGGUCUCAUGCUCUGAUGGGCGGGUCUCAUGCUCUGAUGGGCGGGUCUCAUGCUCUGGUGGGCGGGUCUCAUGCUCUGAUGGGAGGGUCUCAUGCUCUGAUGGGAGGGUCUCAUGCUCUCAUGGGUGAAUCACAUGCUCUGAUGGGCGUGUCAUAUGCUCUGAUGGGUCACAUGCUCUGAUGGGCGAAUCACAUGCUCUGA